AUGGCUACUCCGGCCGCUUUACCGCCACUGCCGUUCAACCCAUCGAGGGUCCGGUCCUACGUUCUUCGCCUCCCUCUUUUCACUCGGCUUGUGCUCUUAGCGAUUAUCGUGUUCUGGUUACUCGAAUUGCAGACGGUGUGGAGUGUGAAGCAAUGGGGUUCGCUGAUACCAGAGGAAAUCAACAUUGGCACCAUGUAUCGACUUAACACAUACCCAUUCAUCCACUUCGGAUUCUUCCAUGCCUUCCUGAAUCUCCUGGCUCUCACCCCAUUGUUGGAGCGGUUCGAGGCCGAGCAUGGCACAUUGACUGCAGUCGCUCUGUUCUUUGGCCCCCUUUCGACUUUUCCGGCGGGCGCGUAUAUUCUGAUCGAGAGAUUCGUCUUGCACAGAAAUACCGAAGUUUUUGGUGCCAGUGUUUGGGUCUUCUUGCUCCUGGGGUCAGAAGCCAUAAGAACCUUUAAAUCCAACCCGUACUUCAGCCUUGGGCCGUACAAGAUCCCUACGUGGACCUCCCCCCUGUUUGCUUGUGGCCUGGUCUCGAUUUUCGUCCAGAAUGCGAGUCUCCUGGGCCAUCUCUGCGCCAUCUUCGUGGGCUAUCUGUUCGGUCUCGGGUACCUGAAAGUUUUCGUCCCCCCUGAGAAGGUUCUGAGAUGGAUUGAAGGGAAGUUGAACCUUCUGGGAAGACUGCCACACUAUGUCUCGGUGGACCAGAAGACAUUUGGUCGGUAUGGUGUUCUUCCGACCACGACUGCCGGGGGCGAGAGGGCGACUCCCAUGAGCUAUCUGGGCUCCUCGCAGCGUCUGGCCGCAAUCCGCAAACUGCGGAGCAAUCCCCAUUUCCUCUUCGUCCACCUGCCGCAUAUUCUCUCCUUCCUCUGCAUCGUUGCAGGCGUCGUCUGGCUGCUCCUCCUUCCCCUCAACGAUUACUCCCGCCAAACGUACAUCUCCGAAAACGCGCUCUUGCCCGGUCAGGUCCACGCAUAUUUCUCCGGCAGUGAACAGCACAUCUUCCGGGGAUACAAGAAGGAGCUAGAGGCGAUCCUGGAGCGCCAGACGCUAAGUGAGCAAGACAGCAGAAACGACGAAUUUACCCCGGCGUACGUUCACUUUCUCUGCCCAAUAACCCUUUCCGCUCCUGUUUCCGAUAAGGUCCAGUCGAUCUUGCGAGCUGCAGGACUCAAAGUCGCGACGCAGAAGUACGAGUACACCUCAUCGGGGAUCACUCAUCAGGGGCAGAAUGUCUACGCGAUUAUCCAAGCACCGCGGGGUGACGCUACUGAAGCCAUUGUGCUUGUCGCGGCCUGGAGAACUGCCGAUGACGAACUGAAUCUGAAUGGUGUAAGCCUUGCGCUGACGCUGGCGGGAUACUUUAAACGUUGGUCCUUAUGGUCGAAGGAUAUCAUCUUCGUGCUACCACCGGAUAGUAAAUCGGGCACCCAGGCGUGGAUUGACGCCUACCAUGAUAUGCAACCGGCAUUUGUGCAGCCGCUGCCAUUGAAGAGCGGCGCGUUGCAGGGAGGCUUGGUCAUUGAGUAUCCCUUCGAUCAUCGAUUUGAAUCACUUCAUAUUCUUUACGAUGGUGUCAACGGCCAGCUGCCCAAUCUGGACCUGUUCAACACGGCUGUAUCGAUUGCUGGUGGCCAAAUGGGUAUUGGUUCCAAUUUGCAAGAAAUGUGGGACCACAAUGACAGCUAUGAGAUGCGGCUGCAGACGAUUCUGCGAGGCAUGGUCAAGCAGGGCUUCGGCUACGCGACGGGUGCGCAUAGCAGUUUCAUGCCAUACCAUAUCGACGCCAUCACGCUGCAGCCCAAGGGCGACGGUUGGCAGGAUGAGAUGGCACUGGGCCGUACCAUCGAGGGUCUCUGUCGCAGUUUGAACAAUCUCCUGGAGCAUCUGCAUCAGAGCUUCUUCUUCUACCUGCUUAUGCAAACCAACCGCUUCGUCAGCAUCGGUACCUAUCUACCCAGUGCCAUGCUGAUCGCCGGAAACUUCACCAUUAUGGCCAUCGCACUCUGGCUGCGGACGGGAUACUAUUUCGGCUCGGAGCAAGCUGCCGUCAAGCCUCCAGCAGCAAGCGCAGGAGAGACGAAUAAGCAAGUGGCUGUUUCGACGGAGAAGUCCGGUGCGAACACCGCGCAGCAACCAGCCGUCAAAACCGACUCUAACAGCAUCAUCGAGCGACAACUUGCCCUGCCGCUCACCCUUGUCGUCGGCCUCCACCUCCUCGGUCUCAUCCCUCUCUACAUUUUCAACAAUAUCCACCACCAGUACUACCCAACCGCAACCUACGCCAGCAUCGCCAUCAACGCCAUCCUGCCCAUCGCACUCGCAGCCUCCCUCACCCGCGGCCUGACGACCACCCUGCGGGAACAGUCGCAACAAUCCCUGCUCAUCAAAUCGUUCUCGCUCCUCGUCCUCGGCCUCUUCCUCUCCACGCUCGCCACCCUCAACUUCUCCCUGUCCUUCAUGAUCGGUCUCCUCUGCACCCCGCUCAGCUUCGUCAACCGCAUCGACCCGCGCACCGCCUCCCGCCCCCUGCGGGCCGUGCUCGCCGUCGCCGGCCUCGUCCUUCUGAACGUGCUGUCCCCGCCCAUCGUCCUUCUCGUGGCGUGCCGGUAUGUCGGGGUCGACGUGGAGACGGUCCUCACGCAGGCGGCCUUCGGGUGGGACGUCUGGGGCAUGUGGACCCAGGUGGUGGUCUGGUGUGUCUGGUGGCCCGCCUGGGUGACUGGGUGUGCUUUGUUGGGGUUCUCCCUGUUCUAG